CUACUCUGCCCGGCUGAGUCGACAGUUUAAUAACAAAAUACGCUGCUUGUGGGGCUAUUUCAUUCACUUACUGACUUUAACAAGAUAAACGGUGGCAAUUCGAUUAAUUAACGAAUAAUAAGGCGACGCGCAAUAACAUAUAUUAUUCUGUAAUUAGAAUUCUUUGAAACUCCGAACUGAAAUGUUGGCCAAAACUACUGAAACUAUGAAGGCGCUGGCGCUUAAAUUAUUUGAAAUAAAUGCCUUUAAAUUUGGCGAUUUUAAAAUGAAAGUCGGCAUAAAUUCUCCCGUAUAUUUUGAUCUCCGUGUUAUUGUCAGCUAUCCGGAAGUUAUGCAAACUGUUUCCAAUCUCAUACAAGACUACAUUAAGGAGAACAAUUUGUCAGCCAAGCAUGUUUGCGGAGUGCCAUAUACUGCCCUUCCAUUGGCCACCAUAGUUUCUGUUCAACAGAACAUUCCCAUGUUAGUUAGACGCAAAGAGGCCAAAUCGUAUGGCACCAAGAAAUUGAUCGAAGGCAUUUACAGUGCAGGAGACACGUGUCUUAUUAUCGAAGAUGUUGUAACAUCAGGUUCAAGUAUUUUAGAUACAGUUAAAGAUCUAAAACGUGAAGGCAUUGUUAUCACCGACGCUGUUGUAGUAGUGGAUCGUGAGCAAGGGGGUGCCGUAAAUGUACUAAAGCACGGGGUACGCAUGCAUUCAUUAUUCACGUUGUCAUUCUUGAUGAAUACACUGUUGGAGGCGGGAAAAAUUCAACGUGAAACAGUAGAAUCAGUGGCCAAGUACAUAGCCGAUGUACAGAUAGACAGCGAUGGUAAUUUUUUGGGCAAUAAGAAAGAAGUUGUAAAUGAUUUCAAACGUUCAAAAUUGUCUUACGAGAAUCGUGCCAAUUUGGCCAAAUGUGAUUUGUCAAAAACCCUUUUCAAUUUGAUGGCUGCCAAGAAAACUAAUCUUUGUUUGGCUGCCGAUACCACCAAGUGCCAUGAGGUCUUAGAGGCUGCAGAUAAGUGCGGGCCCUACAUAUGCUUGCUGAAGACCCAUAUUGAUAUCUUGGAAGAUUUCAAUGAACAAUUCAUUCAAGAUCUUCAGGCUUUGGCCAAGAGGCAUAAUUUCCUUUUAAUGGAAGACCGCAAAUUUGCCGACAUAGGCAAUACUGUUUCCCUGCAAUAUGCCAAGGGUUUGUACAAAAUCUCUACCUGGGCUGAUUUGGUCACAGCUCAUACUCUAUCCGGCCGCAGUAUUAUACAGGGCUUAAAAGCCGGCCUGAGUGAUGGCGGUGCUUCGAAAACUCGUGGGGUCUUUUUGUUGGGCGAAAUGUCAGCCACUGGCAAUUUGAUAGAUGACAACUAUAAGGAGGCAUCGGCUAAAAUUGCCACCGAAGGCGCUGAUGUGGAUUUUGUAGCCGGCAUGGUUUGUCAAACUUCAAAUUGCUUUGCAUUUCCCGGCCUAAUACAGCUAACGCCAGGUGUUAAAAUAGACGAAUCCACGGAUACCUUGGGACAACAGUACAAUACUCCAGAAUAUGUGGUCAAAGAGAAUGCUGCCGAUAUAGCUGUGGUCGGUCGUGGCAUUAUGCAGGCAAAGAGUAUGGAUAAGGCUGCAGCCUUGUAUCGUGAUCGCCUAUGGGCAGCCUAUACUGAUCGUUUAGCCAAAUGAAUCAAAAGCACAAAAGAAUAACAUUUCCAAAUUUCCCUUAAAACCGCAUUUAUUGUGAAUUUACAAGUCAAACAAAAAUCUGUAACCUUUAAGCUCGUAUGUAUGUAUGUAUUGACAUACAUAUGUACAUAUUUCCAUAUUAUCGAAUUUCUGUAAUAAUCAAACAAAAGACGCACAUAACAAAAGAAACAUAUGAUAAGCAUCUAGUGCAUGCUAGGAUUUAUAUAACAAAAAUUUUUUAAAUUAAGUGUUAUCUGCAUACCUUAAACAUUCAUUUAAUGAAAUUACUAAAAUAAAAUAAAAAACAUUCGAAACGCAUAUUAAAGUCA